GGUUAAGAUAGGCAUGCCUGGCAAACGUAUUUGGCUCGAUUGUGACCCCGGACACGACGACGCAACUGCUAUCUUACUCGCAAUCCAUUCUCCAGGUAUAAACCUCAUCGGCAUCUCAACAGUCCACGGAAACACCGACAUAGACAACACCUUCAAAAACGCUCUUCGAUGUCUAUACGCAUUCGGCGCGCAUCCGGGUAUCCUCGUAUACCGCGGUGCAAGCCAGCCUUUACUCAAAUCAGCCAAACACGAUCCCGAGAUUCACGGGCAUGAUGGUUUGGGCGGGGUCGAGGGCUUACCAAGUUUCGACACCUUCGACUUUGCCGACAACUACAAAGAUGAUAACGAAGAUAGAACGAAUGAUAAGGACUUGCAUGUCCAGGCGAUCCGAGGACGACUACAAGACAGCCUUGAGAAGGGAGGGAGAGCGACUGAGGGUAUGGCUAAAGCUGUACAAAACGCGAUUCAAGAAGGCGAAAAGCUAACGAUCGUAUCUACCGGUCCGAUGACGAACAUCGCGCUCUUCGUGAGUGUGUACCCCGAUUUACUAGAUGGAGUCGAGGAGUUCGUCUUCAUGGGCGGAGGAGUCGGGCAGGGAAACCGGUCUGCUGUUGCUGAGUAUAACAUAUUAUGCGACCCCGAAGCGGCCCAAAUCGUGCUCAACGUGCCUACAAAGAAGACAAUGAUACCCAUAAACGUCACACAUACGGCUAUAGUCACCAAGAGCGUGCAUGCAGCGCUUCUCGAUCCUUCCACAAAAUCUCCCACUACCGCUUCGUCGGAACUACACCUCCCAUCACCUCAAACACCCCUCCGCCACACACUCUCCACACUCCUCACCUUCUUCUCCUCAACUUAUGCAUCCACAUUCGGCUUCACCUCCGGCCCUCCCUUACACGACGCACUAACCAUCUUCUACCUCUCCCAUCCUCAGUGCUUUAGAGUUAAGAGAAGGAGAGUGGACGUAGAGUUGAAGGGGGAGUUGACGUGUGGGGAGACUGUUGUUGAUUUGUUUGGAUAUUGGAAAGCGGGUAAUAAGUGGGGAAGAGAAGGAAGGAAUUGUUUGGUUGCUGAAUGGGUGGAUGUAGAAGCGUUCUUUAAGUUUUUCUUAGAGUGUGUCGAACGAUGCGACACAGUGUCUCCACUUAACAAGCAAUAA